CAUAGGCUGAAGGAUCCUUUUGGGCGAAAUUGAAAUCAGGGUUUGAACCUCUCGCUGCUGUUUGUUCGCUGGCUCCUCGAUGAAGCUCGUUUUAUAACCGUGUCGCUGCUUUUCCAGGUCCUUUAACAAUUCUAAGAUGGGGGACCAUGUUGAGCUUCAGAUCACCCCAGAGACUCCAGGCAGACCCUCCAUUAGAAACCCAUUUGAGAGUCCCAAUGACUACCACCACCUCCGUGGACCCCUGGUGCCAAGUCCAUCCGUCUUCAAGUCCAAGUCCUGUAAAGCUACUCCACCCAAGUUUAACUGGUCUAUUGAUGAAAUGGCCAGUCUUCUCCCAGUCCACAUAGACCCAGAGGAAAUCCAGCGACAGUCUUUCUACCUCAGCCAGACAAGGAUGGAUUCUGACAUUGAGGAAAAGCGUCAGAAUGCUAUUGAGCAGUUUUUCACCAAAGGAGCCAUCGUGCCUUCCCCCUGGGCCGCACCAGACGCUCGCAAAGCCCCUCACUUCUUUAAAAAAGGUUCUGCGUCUGCAAUGAUUGCCGAAGAGCAAGAAAAAGUCUCAGUUGCGUGUCAGACAACUCUGUCUUUACCUUUGGCGUUUGAUAUGGAGAAAGUACUAGGUGAAUAUUACCGCAACGAGGAAGCAUGUGAAGCUGUGCAGGAGAGCCUCAGUUCCUCCUCCUUGAGACGAAAACUCUUCCUCGAUGGUCGGGGCAGUUACAGCGGCUCUGACAGCUCAGGCCCGCCAAGCCCAGAGAGAAGCCAUCCCAGGGAGGAGACGCCUUCUCUGACCCGACGAGAGAGGGCUGCAGGAUGGAUUGAAGGGACAGAGGGAGUAGAAGCCAUGUCAUCUGUAUUUUCCUCCCCGUUAUCCUGCGCCUUGUCUGCUCCAACUCCCUCUACGGGCCAGUUCUCGUCCAGCCCCAUCCAACAUGGCUGCUUCCGGGACUGCAGCCUUGGCAGCAUCACCAGUCCCAUGUUCCCUGAUAGGUCGUCUCCUGCCGGCCUUGUCUCCCCCACAAUUUCUCCUAUUGUUGCACAUAUUGAACGCUCACCCAUAGGCUCAGCUGAGAGGAAGCUGCCGACCAACUUGACUCCCCUCAACACUCCCCUGGAUGUACACCUCACCUCCUGCAAUGAGAGUCCAUUUGUCGAGGGUUGCUCUCCCAUUCAAAACUGCUCUCCACACCACCCCCGCUGUCACUCUGAGCCCCAGCACAAUGUCAGAACUAGGCCCAGGCCCAGAGUCCGCUGCUGGGCUUCCCCUCCUCUCAUCUCCCCCAUCCUCAACCCUAAGCUCUUAGACUAUCAUGAGGCUGAGGACCUACUCCCCUCCUCCUCCUUUGCUCUCCCAUCUAUGGAGCUUGAUCCAUCUUCGCCCCUGGCUCAGGAAUCUCACCCCGCUGCCAGUGAGGGGAUUAUCCUGGAUCCUAUGGAACCUGUGAAAAUGGAGGAGGGCAAGGAGCCUGGGAUAGAAGGGAGACUGGAGGACGAGGAGGAAGCUGGGGGGCUUUUGGGACAGCUGACCAGCUCUCACAUGGGCAAUGUAUCAGUAACAGAAAGCUCUCACAUGUUUGUAUCUCUGGCAGAGGGAAGCAGUAUACGCUACGAUUCCAGCAUGCAGGUGGACAGUGGGUACAACACUACCUCAGCAGGCACUGCCAGUCUGAUCGAUGGCCUCAGCUCAGACUGUCACAGCAAAGAGUCCUUCAGUUCAAACCUGGCAGAGGAAGCCUUCCAACUCAGCAGACACACUAAAAUGAAGGCAUUUUAUCCCCACCACUGAGACCUCUGAUCGAUGUGCAUUUCAAAGGGACACUUCUUCAAAGAUGAUGAUUUUGCAAUCAAAUACAAGUUUACACUAUGUUCCAGGCAUUUAUGUUUAAUCGGUUAAAUUUGGGUGCAUGGGGGUCAAAUCGUAGUUACAUGAUUUAUGAACAGAUUUAAAGGGGUUGUUGGUUCUUCUAAGGUUUUGAUUAGCUUUUUUUAAGGUGCCUCUAUGGAAGUUAAUGCUUUAUCACAGUGUAUUUUAUCACAAGUUAGAAGGGAGAUGACUUAAAAUCUAUAUUACAAAAUAAAACCCAGUAACUGGGUGAGAUAAAAAGUCAAUUCUGUAUCGAACUUGCUCAUUAUCCAACUUGAAUGCUGUAUUGAUGCUUAAGCCAUCAUUUCAAUUUUCUUUGGUGCUGACGUGAUCAGUGUUAGAACCUGACUUUCAGAUGACGUCAGAUUUGUACUGUAUGUUUUUAUAAAACUGUUAAUCAUGAUGUUUUAUAUGACAAAAGCUUUUUUUCUUUUACGGAAUGUGUAAGAAUUGUUAUAAUUCAGGAUACUUGUGGAUCUUACUUGGAUUGUUAGAGUAUUUAUUCCAAAGUAAGAUGCACUGAAUGAUGCCACUUAUGAAUUAAAAGCUGACUGAGCCAAUUGUUUGCCAUUUUCCUAUAUACUUUGAGAAUGGGCUGGAUCAUUGUCACAUUAAAAUAACUUGAAUUCUU